AUGUUCAAGCUGUUCAUCUUCGCCUGCUUCCUCGCCUUCGCCGCCGCUAAGCCGCAAGUGCUGGUCUCAGCGCCUGUAGCAGCGGCGUACACCGCCCCUAUCGCUGCGGCGUACACAGCGCCUGUAGCGUACUCCGCCUACUCAGCUUACAGUACCCCGUUCGCUGCUUACUCCGCCUAUCCUUACGCAUCAGCUUAUCCUGCAUACUACCUCCGUCGU